CCAAAACUAAAAUAAAAUAGAGGAAACUAAAAAAUAUUGGUGGAAUUUUCUAAACCACCACACCUCCACCGCCGGCGCCACCCUCCAUGCUGCCUACCACCACCGCCCCUCCGCCCGACGACCACCACCACCCCUCGAAGAAAUCGAAACUGAUCAAAACCAGCGUCCACACCAUCAAAUCCAACAUCUCGGCCCACCCCUAUGCAUGGCUCGCCCUCACCAUCUUCCUCCAGCUACUCAUCAUCCCCUACAUGCUCCCCCCUUUCCGCUUCGACUCUGUCUUCUCCGAUGAAGCCUGCAAACACGGCAGCAUUUACGUCUACGACCUCCCCCCCAUGCUCAACAAAGACCUCCUCCGCAACUGCCACGAUCUCGACCCCUGGGUCUCCCUCUGCGACGCCGUCUCCAACGCCGGUCUAGGCCGUCCCGCCACCGGCCUCCCCGCCUCCGUCGUGCCGCCGAACCUCUCCGCCGCCUGGUACUGGACCGACAUGUACGCCGCCGAGGUCAUCUACCACGACCGCCUCAACAGCUACCGGUGCACGACGUCCAACCCCGCCCAAGCCACCGCCUUCUACAUCCCCUUCUACGCCGGCCUCGCCGUCCGAAAAUACCUCUGGCCCAACUACACCUCCGAAGAUCGCGAUUUCCACGCCGCCGCAAUGCUCGACUGGGUGAAAAACCAGGCCCCGUGGCGGCGCUCAAACGGGUCGGAUCAUUUCCUGAUGCUCGGGCGUCUCACGUGGGAUUUCCGGCGGCUCACCGACGACGACGGCGAUUGGGGCACGCGCUUGAUCUACAUGCCGUUGAUGAAGAACGUGCUCCGCCUCACCGUCGAGAGAAGCCGAUGGGACGACCUCGAGUUCAGCGUCCCGUACCCGACCGCAUUCCACCCGAGAUCCGAAUCCGAUAUCCGCCAAUGGCAGGGUUUGAUCCGGGGCAGGCAAAGAUCCAGCCUGUUUACGUUUGUCGGGGCGACCCGGAAGAAGAUCCGGAACGACUUCCGGAGCAUACUCAUGGGGUAUUGCAAGAACGAAACGACAUCGUGUCGGGUAGUGGAUUGCUCCGAAACGCGGUGUUCUGAUGGAGCUCCGGCCAUAAUGGAAGCGUUUCUAGAUUCGGAUUUUUGUUUACAACCGAAAGGAGAUGGGUUGACCCGGAGAUCCAUGUAUGAUUGCAUGUUGGCCGGUUCGAUUCCGAUUUAUUUUUGGAACGGGAGCUUCGAGUAUCAAUAUGAGUGGCACUUGCCUAAAAAUGCCUCAAAUUAUUCUAUAUUUAUCGAUCAUAAUAUUGUUAGGAAUGAUACAUCGGUUAUUAAACGAACUCUACAGGAAUAUAGUAAAGAGGAGGUGAUGAGAAUGAGAGAGACCAUCAUUCAGUUUUUACCAAAAUUGUUAUAUUCCAAGUCCAAUGCGAAUCUAGGUGGAAUUAGCGAUGCCUUCGACAUUACCAUGGAAGGAGUCUUGAAAAGGUUUGAGCAGAAUGGCGGUUUGAGGUUCGAUUAA